CGCUACAAAUACAAAUGCAUAUAUACUCAAAGCAGGAUAGCUAGAUGUAGUAGCCAGAGAGCUGCUAGCUUCCAUUCUCUUCUUCCUCUCCAUGGCUUUCUUGGUAGAAAAAUCAUGUGAUGACAUGGUAGUUCCUGUGAACUCUCAAAAGCCAAUUCCAGCUCCAUUCCUCACCAAAACCUACCAUCUUGUUGAUGAUCCAUGUACUGAUCACAUUGUCUCUUGGGGAGAAGAUAACAACACAUUUAUAGUAUGGAGACCUCCAGAUUUUGCAAAAGAUCUCCUUCCCAAAUACUUCAAACACAACAACUUCUCUAGCUUUGUUAGGCAGCUCAACACCUAUGGAUUCAGAAAGAUAGUUGCAGAAAGGUGGGAGUUUGCUAAUGAGUUCUUCAAAAAAGGAGAGAAGCAUCUUCUCUUAGAAAUUCACAGAAGGAAGAAUCAUCAUAUUCAUCAUCACCAUCAUCAACAACAACAUUGCUUUCAUUACUCGCAGCCAUCUUUCCAGUGUUACACAGAAGUCAUCGUCGAGCCGCCACCGCGGCUUUCGUCCACCCUCGACGACACCAGCUUCCUCUUGGCCCUCUCCGAGGACAACCUAAGGCUGAGAAGGAGGAACUCUCUCCUCUUAUCAGAGCUCAAUCAUUUAAAGAAGCUCUAUGAUGAUAUCAUUCACUACCUACAGCAACAUGUAAGCCCACUACACACAUACAGGCAUGGAAUGCUCAUAGAGAUGGCUACCACAGGACAGCCUCAGUGCUCAGUAACCAUUAGGGGGGAGGAGGAGGAGGGCCAUGACUGUACUGUUAAGCUCUUUGGUGUUCCAAUUUAUGACAAAGAGCUGUGAGGUAUUCAAAGCAGGUGGUUGAUAGAGUGAAG